AUGCGUGUAUUUAUGUUGGCAUAUUUUUCAUUUCAUUUACAACAGGACUUCGUUCAAGGACUUUCGAUACUGUCGCGCGGCUCCGUGGAGGAGAAGCUGCGCUGGACAUUCUCGCUGUACGACAUCAAUGGCGACGGCUUCAUUACGAGGGAGGAAAUGACUGACAUUGUGACUGCCAUAUACGAGCUAAUGGGCCGACUGCCGGACGAGUGUCCCGAGGAGGAGAAGAUCAAGGGCAAGGUGGAGCAAAUCUUUCAGAAAAUGGACAUUAAUCGGGAUGGCGUUGUGACGCUGGAGGAGUUUUUGGAGGCGUGCCGCAAUGAUGAUGCCAUAUCCAGAUCGAUGUCUUAUACGGUGCGGCGACUGCGACGUAGCCGGAGUCAACAGCAAAAACAAAAGCAGCAACAGCAACAGCAACAGCAGCACAGCAAACAGCAAAUGGAAACUGAGAAACGUAAGUCAAACUACAAGAUGAAACAACAACAACAACAACAACAACAAAUGCAACAAAUACAUAGCACAAGACACCAGAUGGCAGCCAAGUGCUGUCAUGUCAUUGACAUCGAUGGCGCCAGCACAACAACAACAACAACAACAACAGCAACAACAACAACAAGAACAAGAACAACAACCAACUGCACUAGCCAUCACAAGCACAACAACUACAAAACUAAUCACAGGCCUCGAACACUGAAAAAGCGCGUCAUCAAUGACUACGAUGAGGAGGAGGAGCAGGAGCAGGAGGAGGAUGACGAGGAUGAGUAUGAAGACGACAACGAUGAUGAUGAUGAUGAUGAUGACGAUUAUGAUGAGGAUGAUUACGAAGCUGGCAAACAGCCGCUAAUGGGCAUCGCUCGACGCAAUCAAGCCAUUUGCCGGCACUGCCAACGGCCCCAAACGGAGCUGCAUUCGCGCCAAUUGCCAACGCUGCGACUGCGCAAAUCCCAUUCAAAGUCGCGACAGCGCAAGCGCAGCAAGAGUCGACAGCGUCACCAUCAGCAUCCACAUCCACAUCAGCAUCCACAUCCACAUGGUCCAGUGGAUGCGCGCGGAUCUAGGCCGCGCUGGCCAGAGCUGAGCAUGGCCAAUGAGCUGGCCAUACGCUUUCGCUGUCCGCAGGUGGGGCCGCAGGUGGGUCGCGAUCUGCAUACGCCGCAGCCCAUGCACUUCCAUCAUCCCCAGCAGCUGGGCCAGCUCCAGCAGCAGGCACCGCCCAAGCCGGCCAAAAGUAAAAGCAAGCACAAGCAGCGCAAGCAGACAGCGCAGCAGCCGGCUGCAGCGCCCACGCCAGCACCGUCUGCACCGCCUGCACCGCUUGCACCACCUGCCCCGCCGUUGCCGCCGCCCAAUGGCCUGGCGGUGCAGCCAGCGGAUAGCAAUGGGCAUGGCAACACGGAGCUGCCCCAGACACCAGACUCGCCCUCGCUGGUAAAGGUCAGCACCUGGUAUACGGUGGCCAAGCAGGGCGUCUCCUGCUAAUAGGCAUUUACAUAUUUGCAGUUGUUAACUUGAAGCCAAACGCUCGCCGGGCAGUGAGUACCUUUGAUAUCAGACUUGGGCUAUCCAAAAAUAUGCAUGCAACUUUGCAUUCAAAUUGCAACAGAAACUUCCCUCUUUAUAUGGAAAUAUUAAGUGUGAAGAGACGGUGUUUUUUAUUGUUUUUUUUUUUUUUUUUUCUGGAUUGAAAAUGCAACUGAAAGUGUUUAAAUUGAUAAGAUUUACAUACAAUGUACUUACUUAUACAUUUGAUGUGGUUAUAUAUAUACAUACAUGUAUAUCUAUAUAUAUAUUUAGACAUAUUGUAUGAUGUUUUUUUUUUUUCCCCUUUACUUAGACUUACAAACAUAGUAGAACAGAUUAGCAGCUGGCAUGAAAAACAAAAAUCAUGAGAGAAAGUCCCCAAAGCUAUGUGUAUGUUAAAUUGAUGUUAAAACAAAUUGUAAAUUGUGUUAUAGUGAUAAAAGAAAAAAAAA